AUGGAUAACUGUGCUGCAGGAAGCGCCGGUAGAUUUGUUGCCCGUUUCACAAGACCUGAUGUGAGAAAUACCACUACGCUUUUACUAAGUGCAGAAGGUGACACCUUGUUUGUGGGAGCCCGUGAUGCAGUGCUUUCACUUGAUGUGAGUCAACCUGACAAACUCACACUGAUAAACAAGAAAUAUUGUUUCAAUUACAUCCGGGUAUUGCAAUUCCUCAAUUCUACUCAUCUUUAUGUCUGCGGAACCUCUGCUUUCAAGCCACACGACACAAUAAUUAACACAGAGGCAAACAGCAAUGUUAAAAUAGAAGGAAAGGAGGCCAAAGAUCGCUGUCCACAUCACCCAAACCAAAGGAACACAGCUGUCGCUGUUGAUGGAGAGCUGUAUAUGGGUACAGUGUCUGGAUUCUGGGGAAACAAAGCAGUCAUCUCACGCUACUUUAGUAAAGAUGGGCGGAAAGACAUAAGUCUUGAAAAUUCUUUAGGAUCACUGAUUGAGCCAACUUUCAUCAGUUCCUCCUUCAUCCCGAGUGAGGGAAAGGUGUAUUUCUUCCUGACGGAGACUGCCAAAGAAUACAGUUUUAUGGAUCAGCUUACUGUGCCUCGUGUGGCCCAAGUCUGCACGGACGACAAUGGGGGAAUGCGCAUUCUUCAGAAACACUGGACAACUUUUGCCAAGGCACAGCUUGUGUGCAAGCCAGAGAAAGAACUGCCCUUCGGUGUGCUAGAAGACAUGGUGACCCUGCCAAAUGAAGAGUCUCCUGAUGACACAUUGUUCUAUGGUGUCUUCAGAUCCCAGUGGUCUUUGGUUUCUGAACAGUCAGCAGUCUGUGCUUUCCGGCUUGGAGACAUAAAAGCAGUCUUCUCAGACGAAUAUAGGACAUUAGAUAGAAGUUCCAACCAGUGGAGCUCUCAACCAAUCAAGCAUAAUGUACUGGGCAAGUGUGGGUCACAUAACGACAAUGAUUUAAAUAUAGUAAAGACAACCUUCCUGACUGCGAGAAAUGUAGAAGCUGUGGGCCAAAAAGUAACCCUCAUGUCAACAGAGCACCUCUAUAGCCGGAUGGCAGCACAAACCACCCAGGCUGCCAAUGGCCACAAUUUCACUGUGCUCUUCCUGCUUAGUGAAUCUGGAUUCCUUCACAAAGUUGUCUUGCUGGAGAGUGGACCUCACAUUAUAGAGGAAAUUCAAGUCUUCAAGCCACCGCAGAUCAUGAAAAACAUCCUUCUCUCUGUCACUAAGGGUGUGGUUUUUGUGGGGACCUCCGAUGGUGUGUCCCGCGUGCCUGUUUCUAACUGCUCGUUUUACUUAUCAUGUUCUGAGUGUGUACUGGCUCAGGAUCCAUUUUGUGGCUGGGAUCCUGCUACCAGUGUUUGCACAACUGUGUCCUCCAUCCAGGCUAAUCUAGCUCAGGAUGUGGAGCAUGGCAACAUCACUGAACAGUGUAAAGACUUAGAGAGAGGCCAUUCUAUGACUGUCCCAAGAAAAACUAUUUCAGUGGUUUUGUCUGAGCGGGUAAUUUUGCCAUGUCAAUCAAGAUCCAAACUGGCUACACUGAGCUGGAGGUCCGAGAACAACAGCAUUGACCAAAAGAACUACAUUCAGAGUGAGGAUGGGAGUCUUAUGUUCCUGGCCAGCCCUGCGACUCUGGGGACCUACAGCUGCAUCUCUACUGAGAGAGGCUUCCAUCAAAUCUUGGCAAUCUUCUCACUGAGCCAAAGUGUCUCUCCCCGUGCAAUGGUGUCCCCAGGCAAACCAAAUCACAACACACCAAAUUCAGAGCCAGGAACUCCAUCUGAGACUGGGCAAACAACAGAUAUGGAAAUUGUGCCAGAGUCAGAUAUAAUAGGUGGUCAUAAUGAAGAAUCAGUUGACUCAGAAACCACAGAUGAAAAUAAAGAGCAUUUUCACUCUACAGUUGGUGGAGCAGCCUCUGAUCCAAAAACAACAGGACAAACACAAAAUUCUGGAUUAAAACCAGUAACAGAAGCAAAGAGUUACUAUCGUGAACUGGUGACGGUUACUCUGCUUUUCUGCAUUUGUCUCUGUAUGCUCCUUUUCAGUGGAUUCCACUGGUGGAAGUGGAGGAGAAUAAGUAAUACUGGUCCACAGCUCAUCCCUGUGAAAGAGUUUGAGGUAAAACAAUCUUAG